AUGAAGGCAGGGAACUAUGGACAUUGCGUGGCAUUCAAAGCGGAGGUUAUGGCCUUAACUAUGGGCCUGGAAUUAGCGCGAAAUCUGGGGAUACAGAACCUCGAAGUCCAACUUGAUAAUAUCUCGUGUGUGCAGAUCCUACAGAAUGAGGAACUUAGCCAUGGGGAGUGCACACACCACAUCAACUAUUGUCGAGCCAUGCUCAAGGAUGCGAACUGGAAGGUGAAGAUUUCUCACAUUUAUCGCGAAGCUCUUAGUUGUAUUUUGGAGGAGGAUAGUCGAGGUGUGGCAUUACCUCGCUUAAUCACCUCUUAG